AUGGCAAGACACAUAUUUUGCUUUUAAAAUCUUUAACUUUAUUGAUAUAUAAAUAACUUUGUAAUGCUCAAGUUUCCAAUUUUCUAAGAUACUAAGUCAUCCCUCUUAAAGUUUUCCUUCUUUAACUCUUUGAAACUAAACACAUUCAGUUAUUUGAUUAGUUGAUGCUAGAAUUUGACCUAGAGCUUAUGUAAUUAGAAGAGAGACUAGUUUUAGCUCAUUUAAAAGCCUAGCUAGCAUAUGACAGUCUCCUUUCCGGGAAGUCAAGCCUCUCCACUGCUUCUUUUUAUAACCUUUAAGUUAAUUCAGAAUCCAGAUAAGCCUUGAUCCAAGGAUGAUAUAACCACAGCAAGCACCAUGGGGUCCAGGGAAGAGGGGAUGGCUUGAUCCAGGGACAAUGAAGAUGCAAUGUUGAAGAAUAAGUUGGAGGAGAGAAGCAACAGGCACCAUGGAAAAAACCAAAACAAAGCAAGGAGAGAAUGAACAUAUGCCGAUGAAUAAUCCUUCCACACAAAUUUACCAGGCUUCGAAGUACAAGUCUUCCCUGAACCUGACUCCAGUGGGAGCCCGCCUUCAGCGGCAGGAUGGAGGGAUCAUAACCUCUCUAGAGCAGCUUCAUGAAAAAAUCAACGAGAUGAGCAACGUGUUCAACUCGCUGGAGAACAAGUUGCAGGCCCUGGCCUCUGAACUCAAAACUGGUUUCACAGAAGCAAUGCAAGAACUGUCAAGAAUUCAACAUGGAGAAUAUGCUUUGGAAGAAAAGGUUAAGACCUGCAAAUGUUCCAUGGAAGAAAAAGUUACUGAGAUGAAGAAUUCAUUAAACUAUUUCAAAGAAGAGCUGAGCAAUGCCAUGUCAAUGAUCCAGGCAAUCACUUCCAAACAAGAAGAGAUGCAACAGAAAAUUGAACAGCUUCAACAGGAGAAGCGAAGAGAAUCUCGAAAAGUGAAAGCCAAGAAAACUCAAAAAGAAGAGCAUGGCUCACAGGCUGGGCCUGCUCAAGCACAAGGAAGUCCUUUCCGUUCAAUCAAUAUCCCUGAGCCUGUUCUUCCAAAUGAAGACUUCACAAACCUCUUGCCUUCUCAGGCCUAUGAAAAAGCCCAAGAGUCCAGAUCCAUGCAUAUAGGAGAUAGUAAUGUGAAGGGAAUGAUGGGUCCUGGAAUGAACCCAACGACUCCGGAAGCAGAAGAAAACCUCAAGCCUUGCCUCACAGCCGAUAUCCAGUCUAAGGGCCAUGUGCCAUCCAGUGUGUGGAGGCAGCCAAAGGACGGGAAAGAAUGGGGCGAGGAAUAUGUCACAAAAGACCACCCAGAUAAACUCAAGGAAGUUGGCCAGGGCAGACAUAGUUCCUUGGAAAAUGUUUUAUGUGAAACUUCUUUAGCUGCUAAAAGACAGACUGUGGCUCUGGAACUGCUUGAAUCUGAAAGAAAAUAUGUCAUUAACAUCUCUCUGAUCCUGAAGAUCAAGGCAACAUUCCAGGGGUCAGAUGGAAAGAGGAAUUCCAAAGAGAGAAGCCUCUUCCCUGGCUCUUUACGGUACCUUGUCCAGCAGCACCUAGAUUUGCUUCAUGCUCUGCAGGAAAGGGUCCUGAAAUGGCCACGCCAAGGAGUCCUUGGAGAUUUAUUCCUGAAAUUAACCAAUGAUGAGAAUAAUUUCUUGGAUUAUUAUGUUGCCUACCUGAGGGACCUGCCUGAAUGCAUCUCUUUGGUUCAUGUUGUUGUUCUGAAGGAGGGUGAUGAAGAGAUUAAAUCUGACAUCUAUACACUGUUUUUUCAUAUAGUCCAGCGCAUCCCUGAAUAUCUGAUACAUCUGCAGAACGUCCUGAAGUUCACAGAGCAGGAACACCCUGACUAUUACCUACUUCUGGUGUGUGUUCAGCGCCUUCGAGUAUUUAUCUCACACUACACCCUGCUGUUUCAAUGCAAUGAGGAUUUGCUUAUUCAGAAACGGAAAAAGCUCAAGAAGUCAUCCAUGGCGAAGCUGUACAAAGGGCUCGCUUCCCAGUGUGCCAAUGCUGGGCAAGACGCUUCCCCCACUGCAGGCUCUGAGUCUGCCCGCGACAGUGGGAUCCACUCAGAAGAGAUGCUGCAACCCUACUCUCCUGCUCCAGGUUCUGGCCCUGCUAUCACGUAAGCACCUGUUGCUGUGGAGAUUAAAGACAAGGCCUUGGGGUCCCAGGUGG